AUGGAGCCUGCGACGCAGGGAUGCGAGAACAGAGUGCUGCCAUCCGAACGCCCCGACACGAAUAAUUCAGUUCCUGGGGCCCCGUCAAGACUGGAAACAAGCACGAUAAAGAUUCUUCAAAGCUUUAGCAAGCGAACGACGCACACUGACGUCCAGCACGCGGAGGUACAACAGAUCAAGGAAUCGCAGCGAAGGAAGGCCCGAGCGGCACUGGCACGGCUGAGGAAACUUUUGGAACACCCAACGACGAUCGAUUCCAUAAAAGGCAUACUCACCGGGGAAAGAAUAAAUGCGACCGAAAUCGACGAGUGCACGCAGGCGAUUAUCGACGUGUUUGCGGCACCGCGAUCAUAUGUGUCCAUCAGCAUUACGGACAUCGGCGCCAAGCAGGGUAUUCAUAUCACGGACUCUCUGGGAAAUAUCGAACGAUGUAGCACAAUUCCCAAUCACAUGAACAGCAAGCCUUCCGACGUUGACGUUCGUUGGAUACAUGUUCCCAUUGGCCGGGGUGUGCUUCAGUCGACGAUUGAAGACCUGUUCAACUACUCCGGGAAUCGUUGCGCCGGAAAGUCAUUUUCAGCCACGGGAAGUGAGGGCUGGCCCUAUCCCGAGAUCGUCACGACGUCUUUCUUCGCGGAUAAGACGUUGCAGGAGCAUCUCGAUGCCAUCGAGACUCUGUCAACAGUGGAGAGACUCGAAACUGCGGGGCCCAGACGAGACCCAUUAUCUGGGUUCACAGAUCGACAGAAGCAUGAUCUCCGAUGGCGCGCAGGGCUACUCGAUCUAGAACUGAGAGCGUUGGACAUGGUAGUUGCCGAUCUGCCGCUCAUGCUGGAAGAAACAGUGGUGGGCCACGCCAGCCCGCUGGAUACGAGGCAAGCCUUGUUCAGCCAGACGAACAGCCAAGGUCUCUCGACGCACCAUCAAUUCAAAAACGCCAUACUGAUGAUGGGCGAAUUGCGGGCCUUUCAUCGAUCAGACGGUAGGGUUCUGCGUAAAAUGAAAAUCUCCUGGCUCAUGCUCUCGCUCAUCAUGACAGGGUUUCUCCUUACGUUUUCGAACCAGAGUGGCGUCGACUAUCUUGGUGACGACUUCAAAAAUCACCUGGCAAGUCGUCUGGAGUUGGUGCUGCAAGAUCCGGAAGCGUCCGUCCUUGGACAUACCAUGAAGACCUUUCUCAACGGCGGAACCAGUCGCUGGGGCAGAAGGACGGUCGAGUGGCUCAUUGUGUACCUCUUCACCGAAGCUGCCGUUGCACCGCACAACAUUCGGCAUGGGAGAAUUGCCAUCUCGUAUCUGCAAGCGUACUCAAACAUUGCCAAGGAGCUGAAGAAGCAACAUAACGAGCCAUGGGUUCGAGGGGAUCGAGCAAAGCUGGUCAACAGGUAUGUCGAUUGCAUCCGGAGCAUGAAGGCGAUAAAGACGGCCACGUCGAACAAACUGGAAGUCAUCUUGGGAAUGCAAACGGACUGCGAGCGGAUGGAGGGAGAGCUCGAUGCCGAGGGCAUCGAAGCAAACCAAGAUCCGAUGGCGGAGUCGUUUGCCGAACGCUUGAGUUGGGCGCGCGGGCUCCUCGAGGAGCAAAGCCGUGAUGUCGACCGGCUCAUCGACCACUUUCAAGAUUCUCUCAACAUUGUGUUUCAACAGCAAACCAUCGAGCUCAACGAGCUUGCCGUGGCGACGGAGAGCCAGAACAAGGCCAUCCUCAUAUUCACGAGCGUCACCGUCGUUUUCCUGCCUCUUUCUUUCUUCACCUCCUACUUUGGCAUGAACCUCAGCGGUUUAGCGCAGACGAGCAGAGACGAGGCAUUCUUCUGGGAGGUGUGCGGGACCACGACGGUUGUCAUCGUGGGCGUCUUGUUCAUCUCCGCCUUUAAGCAUAGGCUGCUUCGACGGCGGUCCGAGUUGCCGCGCAUCGUUUGUUGGAAUGGAUCAAGAGUCGACACGAUGAGGAGGGAAAAGAGCGACUCGAGUUUGACGCUCGAGUCUGGGCUGAUGCCGUAG